AAGCUUGAGAUUCUGACAACACCACACCACUGGAUAGUUACCGCCGACUUUUAUAUUUAGUGCCAGUAGUCGGAGAGUUGAAGUACUUGUGUCCUAUUAAUAAAAAGGAGGACUAAGAUCGGGUUUCCUAUUCCAUCCCCUGUGUGCAUAUGAUAGGAUUAGUACUGUGUUCGAAAGGAUAACCUUACCAGGAUUUUAAAUUGUAUUUAGUGUAAUACACGGAAAGAAAUUUAAGAAAAUUCAGAAUCAUACUGUUGACUAACCUUCUUUGCAUGUCUUCUUGCCAUUGAUCUCUUUUUACUAUUAUGAGUUAGGGGUUUGAAGAACAACCUGAUGAUACAUAUACGCAUCUCUUCUCAAAGAUGAUUCUAGUAGUUGUUGUUUAAAGAGGAAGCUAUUGGUGGUGUGACUACAAAAGAGGGAGGUGAUGUCUUGCUUUCUAAAAUAGACACUGACUGACUAUUACUAGUAAGUGCAAACAUGGCUGAAAUUGAUGAAACUACUCCAAGUGGAAGAAACAGUUCUAGUAGCUCAAGCCUUACUAGCAGCAGUUUACAGGAUACCGAAGAUGACAACAGAACCAUAGGGAGUCUCUUGUCAAAAGAGAUGUUGAACGAUGUGGUGGUGGGUAGGAAACUUGGGAAGCAUCUGUCUCAUCUGGAUUCCGUCCCGCACACACCUAGAGUGAAUGGGGAAAUUCCUGCCUUGGACGAUGCAACCUUGGAUCAUGAACGACUUGCAGAAAGAUUGAGCAAAUAUGGUUUAGCAGAACUGCAAAUUGAAGGAGAUGGAAACUGCCAGUUUCGAGCUUUGGCAGACCAGCUGUUUCGAAAUCCUGACCAUCACAAACACGUGAGAAAGCAAGUCGUGAAGCAGCUUAAGCAUUUCAAGACAUUGUAUGAAAGCUAUGUUCCAAUGAACUAUAAAAGUUACUUAAAGAAGCUAAAAAGAUCAGGGGAGUGGGGGGAUCAUGUCAGUCUACAGGCGGCAGCCGAUCGGUUUGAAGCCAAAAUUUGUUUGCUCACCUCGUUUAGAGAUACUUGCUUCAUCGAAAUUGUUCCCAAUGACAAAACUCCUUCCAGAGAGCUUUGGUUGAGUUUCUGGAGUGAGGUACAUUACAAUUCCCUGUAUGCUAGUGGAGAUGUUCCUACGAGAGUAACCAAAAAAAAGUAUUGGCUCUUCUAGACAUUUCAAUCAGUGGCCAUGCUUUUUCAGAAUCUCAGUAUCUGAUCAUCUUUUUCUCAAAUCUGAUGUUUGUCUGUACCCUAUAUACAUUCUUUCUUUUUCAUUCUUGUACAGAGGAAAUAGUUAUGAUGUAUGUAAUUCAAGCAGAGGUCUGUGACGUGUAUGCUGCAAGCCUGCUACCAACCAAGCAACAGAACUAUGUGGGAUGUAUAUAUAUCUAUGAGAAAUCCUUUUGCAUACUUGAUUGGAUUAGCAAUGUAGUAUCUGUAGUAUUUCGGAUUUAGUUUUACACGACUUCUGCUUUAGAAAGUAAGAAAAAAGACAACUAGCUCCGAGGCGUUGCAUUA